GGGGAAUCACAGCUUCAUUUCAGCACCAAGGACAGAGAAGAGAAGGGGAGAGAUCACUCACUGCUGCCAGACACCUACCUGCCCAUUGCUCUGUAGCUUGCCCUCUGAUUGAGACAUAUGCCCAUUCCUCCAGACCCUGGCACUGCCAUAUUGCUACUCUGGGACAGGCAUUUUGGGGUUUUUCUGAUCUCAGCACCAAGGACAGACGUAGGCUCCUGGUAAAGGCUUGUCAGCCACUUGUCUCUUCCUUCUCUCUUGCCACAGCCAUUGAGGGGACAUAAAUACUGACCCAGUUAUCCUUUUAUAUAGAAUUAGUGUCUGUCCCAUGACAAUUACUGCCUGUUGUGGCACAGCUAGAGCUCAGUGCUUGUUUAGGGAUCCUACCAAACAUCUGCCGUUCUAUUCCUGUGCUGGCACGACUGGGGGCUGCGGCUACUUCCUCUCUAUGCUGGCACUGUAAUGGGCAGAAAUUAAAAGCCUUUUGGGGUAGAAACCUCCUGCCCAACACUAGGUGUUUGACCCACUUACUCAUGCCCUGAGGCUUCUUUCUCCUUUACUGGUUUUGCCUCUCGGCUUCCUCGUGCUUGGAGCUGAGAGCACCCACUAGGCAGGACAUUGGCUCCGCUUGGCACAGCGCAAUCCAUGGGCACUAUGCGCCUUUUCCUUUUGGCUGUACUCUUCUUGUUCUCCUUUGCCCGUGCUGGAUGUGACCCCAAAAUUGUGAACAUUGGGGCAGUGCUGAGCACCAAGAAGCAUGAGCAGAUCUUUCGGGAAGCUGUAAACCAGGCAAAUAAACGCCAUUUUACCAGGAAGAUCCAACUCAAUGCCACCUCGGUAACCCAUCGACCCAAUGCCAUCCAGAUGGCUCUAUCUGUGUGUGAGGACCUCAUCUCCAGCCAGGUCUACGCCAUAUUGGUUAGUCACCCUCCUGCCCCCACGGAUCACCUGACGCCAACGCCUAUAUCCUACACCGCAGGUUUUUACCGGAUUCCAGUCAUUGGGCUGACCACUCGCAUGUCUAUCUAUUCUGAUAAGAGCAUCCACCUCUCGUUCCUACGCACGGUGCCCCCGUACUCCCACCAGGCCUUGGUUUGGUUUGAAAUGAUGCGGCUGUUCAACUGGAACCAUGUCAUUCUCAUUGUUAGUGAUGAUCACGAGGGCCGGGCCGCUCAGAAGAAGCUGGAGACCCUGUUAGAGGAGAAAGAGUCCAAGGCAGACAAAGUCCUGCAGUUUGAACCUGGAACCAAAAAUUUGACUGCCCUUCUCCUUGAGGCCAAGGAACUGGAAGCCAGAGUUAUCAUCCUCUCUGCCAGUGAGGAUGAUGCCACAGCGGUGUACAAAUCAGCAGCAAUGCUGGACAUGACUGGUGCUGGCUAUGUCUGGUUGGUGGGAGAGAGGGAAAUAUCCGGAAGCGCCUUGAGAUAUGCGCCUGAUGGAAUUAUUGGACUCCAGCUCAUCAAUGGAAAGAAUGAAUCGGCGCAUAUAAGUGACGCAGUGGCUGUGGUGGCUCAGGCAAUACACGAAUUGUUUGAAAUGGAAAAUAUUACUGACCCUCCGAGGGGCUGUGUUGGAAACACUAAUAUAUGGAAGACCGGACCUCUGUUCAAAAGGGUUCUCAUGUCUUCAAAAUACCCCGAUGGGGUAACAGGAAGAAUUGAGUUCAAUGAGGACGGAGACAGGAAAUUUGCCAAUUACAGUAUAAUGAACCUGCAGAACCGCAAGUUAGUCCAGGUUGGAAUCUUCAAUGGCAGCUAUAUUAUACAGAAUGACAGAAAGAUCAUUUGGCCCGGCGGGGAGACCGAGAGACCACAAGGCUAUCAAAUGUCCACCAGGCUGAAGAUAGUUACCAUCCACCAAGAACCUUUUGUAUAUGUGAGGCCAACAACGUCUGACGGAACAUGCAGGGAAGAAUACACCAUCAAUGGUGAUCCCAUCAAAAAAGUUAUUUGUAAUGGUCCCAAUGAGACCAUCCCAGGUCGCCCAACUGUACCACAGUGCUGUUAUGGCUUUUGUGUCGACCUGCUAAUUAAACUUGCCAGAGAGAUGAAUUUCACCUAUGAGGUUCACUUGGUAGCCGAUGGUAAAUUUGGCACUCAGGAGCGGGUCAAUAACAGCAAUAAAAAGGAGUGGAACGGCAUGAUGGGAGAGUUACUGAGCGGCCAAGCAGACAUGAUCGUCGCACCACUCACUAUUAAUAAUGAACGUGCUCAGUACAUCGAGUUUUCCAAGCCAUUCAAGUAUCAAGGACUCACUAUACUUGUGAAAAAGGAAAUCCCGAGGAGCACUCUGGACUCAUUCAUGCAGCCGUUUCAGAGCACUCUCUGGCUUCUGGUUGGACUCUCAGUGCAUGUGGUGGCGGUGAUGUUAUAUCUACUGGAUCGAUUCAGUCCGUUUGGACGUUUCAAAGUAAACAGCGAAGAGGAAGAGGAAGAUGCUUUGACACUAUCUUCAGCCAUGUGGUUUUCCUGGGGGGUCCUCUUGAACUCUGGUAUUGGAGAAGGGGCUCCCAGGAGUUUUUCUGCCCGAAUCCUUGGCAUGGUCUGGGCUGGAUUCGCUAUGAUUAUUGUAGCCUCCUAUACUGCUAACCUGGCUGCCUUCCUGGUCUUGGACAGGCCAGAGGAAAGGAUAACUGGCAUUAAUGAUCCCCGGCUGCGCAAUCCCAGUGACAAGUUUAUUUACGCCACUGUCAAGCAAAGCUCUGUGGACAUUUAUUUCCGGAGACAAGUAGAACUCAGCACUAUGUACAGACACAUGGAAAAGCACAACUAUGAGAGUGCGGCAGAAGCCAUACAAGCCGUGCGGGAUAACAAACUGCAUGCUUUUAUAUGGGACUCGGCUGUGCUGGAGUUUGAGGCCUCUCAGAAGUGUGACCUUGUUACCACCGGUGAAUUGUUCUUCCGCUCUGGCUUCGGCAUCGGCAUGAGAAAAGACAGCCCCUGGAAACAGAAUGUCUCACUAAACAUCCUCAAGUCGCAUGAGAACGGCUUCAUGGAAGAGCUGGAUAAGACCUGGGUCAGGUACCAGGAGUGUGACUCCCGCAGCAAUGCCCCAGCCACAUUGACAUUUGAGAACAUGGCAGGGGUCUUCAUGCUGGUCGCUGGGGGUAUUGUUGCCGGAAUCUUCUUGAUAUUUAUUGAAAUCGCCUACAAGCGGCACAAGGAUGCCCGUAGGAAGCAGAUGCAGUUGGCCUUUGCUGCCGUCAACGUGUGGAGAAAAAACCUGCAGCAAUACCCACCAACCGAUAUCACGGGGCAACUAAAUCUGUCCGACCCUUCUGUUAGCACUGUGGUCUAAACUGCCCAUCACUGGACCCGCCCCCAUGUACUGAUGGCUAAUGACUGGCCCUGCCCACUUGCCACUGCCCAAGCCUCCAAACUGGGACACCGACUGCAAAACGGCAAGCGACUCAUCUGCACCAAGUAAAUAGCCCCCCCAAUAAUAAUCUGUCUACUUGAGGAUAUUUCUUUUUUCUUCCCCAAAAACACUCUGAUUGGAAAAAAGAGACUUUUGUAUUUGCCAUCAAUUCUGUUUGUAUUUCCCAGUCUCACGUGAUCGUUUGUGUGCAGGGGCCCAAGUGCCUACUUUCUUGCCUGCUGUAAAAUGCUGAAUAUAUAAUAUAGAAUAUAGAAUGUCUUCUCGUGUGUAUAUAUAUAUAUAUAUAAUAUAUAUAUAUAAUGAGAAUGUGUGUUGUGCGGCUGACAAAUACAGCUUGGAUCCCACUUGGCUCAUGUCACCAUCAUGUUAUUGGGGGCAAAUAGCCCUAUCAUUGUAUUUGCCUUUUAUUUUAUGUUUGUUUAUUCCUUUAACCAAGUCAUGUGAGCAAUCACCCCUGUAUACACACAUAUAUGUAUAUAACAUGGAUUCCAUUAUGUGCUGGGCUUGCCCCAUCUGUUACACUGUAAGGUUUGAGUUGUUGGGAUUCUCUGUAUCUCAUGGGCUGCUCUCUUCCCACUGUCCUGCCAGAAAGGUGCUGUCCUGAUUGCAUAUUUAUAUAUAUGUUUAUAUACUGCCCAUAUAUAUUUUUAUCUAUUGCCCAUAAAGGCCCCGCCUCUAAGUAAACAUCACGUAUAGGAGUCCCUGUCCUGCUCCCACAGUGUAACAGUAAACCCGUGACAGCCCCUCACUGGCCCCUUACAGCUAUUUAUAACCCUGCCCCUGAGAACAGCCCAUGGACAGUGAUCAGAAAGACUAGAGCCCUGGUUACAAGUAAGUAUUUCAGGCAGAGCUUUGUGUAUUUACUGACAGUAAUCACCAGUCCCCCCUUCUCUUUAGCCCUUUAGCCCUUUAGCCUGGACCAAACCAAACACCACUGCCAUUGUCACUACUACACUUUGGGCCUAGGGGGGAGGAAUAUAGUGCAGUCAGGGUUUGUUCUGUGCAGAGUAUUUGGUGUAAAUACUUCUAUUUCAUACAUACAUACAUAUAUAUAUGGCUCUGAUCCAUUUGUAUUGCUUGUACAGAAUAUACCUGCUUCUAAUGAGACUCAUUUUCAUACCUGGCAGGAAACAAGGAGGAAUAUUCCUUAAAUAAAUGCAUUUCUAAAUAAA